GAAGUUGACGUGUGGGCGUGGCCUGCAUCCCGGCUUGGAGCAGGCACACCAAACGUCCAUCCAUUUUUUUCUCCUGACUGGAAUAGACAGGCCAUUGUCAGUAAGGCGACUUAUCAUUUCUUUUCUCCUGACUGGAAUCGCUGCGACCCUCAGUGAGGCGAUUUUAUCUUCGCGCUCUCUCUCCAAGAUGUGGGAGGCACUCGAGUGGUCUAUUCUCCUGCUUGGCGUAUAUUGGACAUGCGCGUCAGCCGACCAGUGUGCUCUCGGGUGGCGCGGGCACGGCACCAGCUGCUACAAGAAGAUGGAAGUCCCCAACGGUUGGCUGGGCGCCUGGCACCACUGCGUCUGGCUGGGCGGCAACCUGGUCUCGAUCACCUCCUCGGCCGAGGAAAACUUUGUGAAGGCGACCAUGGGCGUGGACACCCGCUUCUGGCUGGGACUUUCCAACCAGAAAUGCGACAAGGUCUGGUGUCGCUUUGAAGGCGGGAGCCAGAAGCUGACCUGGUCCGAUGGCCAGACAAUAAAGCACACCAACUGGGCCCCAAAUCAACUCGAAAGCGCCGACGUUGCGUCCUGCGCCUACGUCAACCAAAAGGUUUGGAAGAAUUCCGGGAAGUGGAGGUCUGGCUCCUGCGCUUCCUCCUUAGCCUACAUGUGCAAACGGCCGCUGGACUGCCCGACGUGUUCCCCCAAAAGUGGUCCUGCUGUAGUGAAGACUUCUGACUGCGACGAUGGCAACGUCCUUUAUGGCGAUCAUUGCUAUUUUCAUGGCACGAGUCGUGAAACUCAAGAGGAUGCUGAGGAGUUCUGUCUCGCCCGGGGAGCCCAACUGCCUCGCGUCCACUCUAAGCGAGAUGGCCAAUUCCUGUAUGGUAAGCACCAAGAAGAACCGCCGUAG